AUGAGACUCCUGGGCUUCCUCCUCUUGGACCUGGCGCUGGCGGAUCUCGCCUUCCUGGCCCCGCCCGUGAGUCGCGCGCCCAGUGGCGGCCUGGCUGCGUUUGGGAGAAGAGGAGGGGAAAGGGGACUCCUCUCCCCAGUCGCCCGGGAUGCAGAGAUUCCGGUGCCGCCCAAGCAGGCCGCCUCGACGGGCCUGAAUGCGGCGCUGCUGCUCGGAGUCUCCGCUGUGGCCAUGGCUCUGGCACGCCGCCGAGCCAACCUGGCCAGGCGGGUCUGGACCUACAUGCCCAUGGAUGCGGCCGGGCGGCAAUCCAGCCCUUGCUUCCCUUGCGCGUCUUCCAUUGUUUCGGCCGUAAGUGAUGGGGACCAACCUGGAGUUGAUGUUGUGUAA